UCCUCAGUCUCUCUCCACGCGCACAUUCUCUCCAAGCGCCUGUCUACCAGCAUCGCCUCCCUCCUUCCCCGCCAUUUGCACUCACCAAAAACUACGUCUUUCUCAAACCACACCUUGCUUGCGCCACCAACUCUCGACCACCUUCCGUGCAUCGCUCCGGCUCCGUACGUACCUACAUGGGGGAAACGAGCAGCAGGGGGGCGGCUCUUCCGCCGCAGCUCCGGUGGUACGUCCUGCCCCUGCUCCUCCUCCUCCUUGCCAUGGCGUCGAGCUCGAGCUGCGAGGCCUCGAGAGGCAUGCAGCCCUUCAGGGGCCGGCCGCUGGAGCGAGGGGCGGCCAACCAUUUCUUCGGGUUCCUGCCGAGGGGCCCGGUGACGCCCUCCGGGCCGUCGAGGAAGCACAACGCCGUCGGCCUCGACAGCCAGCUGGAGAAGCCGUGAAGCAAGGAGAUGGUGCGUUGGCCGUCGAUAGAGAUAUAGUAGAAAUAGCUCAUAGAUACGUGUAUGAUGAUGACAUAUGGUUGGUUAAUCGUAGAUGAUUAAUCUUUACGUAGUAUGUAAUGUAUGGGGGUAGGUUGGCGUGUAACAACUAUUCUUGGAGAGGUUCCUUCGUUUCUUGCCUUUGGUUUGGAGCCGGCAGAGUUGUUGAUGCUUCCCAACUUUCCUUCCUUUGCAAACGCAGCCUCUUUUUUCUUUGGAUAAAGCUAAAGGAUGAUUGAUA